AUGGAGGGAUCAAACAGGAGGAGCAACAGCCAAUCGCAAGAUGACAAGCAAUCUCGUUUCCGAGGCGUGAGGAGAAGGCCAUGGGGUAAGUUUGCAGCAGAGAUACGUGACCCUUCAAGGAAUGGUGCUCGUCUUUGGCUUGGAACAUUUGAGACAGCUGAGGAAGCGGCACGGGCUUAUGACCGAGCCGCCUUUAACCUUAGAGGUCAUCUAGCUAUACUUAACUUCCCCAAUGAGUAUUAUUCGCGUAUGGACGACUACUCGCUUCGUCCUCCUUACGCUUCUUCAUCUUCUUCGUCAUCGAGUUCAACUUCUACCGGUGUGAGUCGACAAAACCAGAGAGAAGUGUUCGAGUUUGAGUAUUUGGACAAUAGGGUUCUUGAAGAUCUUCUUGAUUCAGAAGAAAGGAAGCCACGGUAG